AUGCAGUUCGAUUUUGGUGAAACUGAAUAUAUUUUGAUUAGUGGGUUAAGAGUUGGUCCUUAUGUGGAUUUACUCCAUGACGAAAGAGGCCGGUCAAAUUCAAAUCUUCGGGCUCGGUUGUUCCCAGACAUUACAGAUGCAUGUAUGCAACUCAAAUAUUUAGAAGACUACAUUAUGUCUCCGAAUUAUUGGGCACUUCAGGAUGAAGAUGCUGUAAUGCUUGUCCAGCUUGUUUUUAUGUUGAAAGGUUCAAGAAUGGGAUCAGGAAAACCAGGUACGAGAGGCAUACCGUAA